AAUGUGCCGGGCUCCCGCCAUCUACCAGUUUGAAGCUUCUCUCUCUAACAUUCCUCCACCUCUCUUCCAUGAAAGCAGUAAACCACACCUCAAUCGUACAACUCCAAAGGUUUUUCUAACCGUACACCUCCCAGGGCUUUUCUAAUCGUACACCUCCCAAGAAUACAAGAAGUCAAAAUCGGAUGCUAGAUUACACAAAAUUCAUGAAACACGAGGUUUGGCUUUCCUAUGAUACUGAUCAAGUGUUCAGUUUAUGAUGGGAGGAGUUGAUGUCUCUGGAGUUGGUUAAAGAUACUACAUGAGUCCAACAUCAUGCUUUGGGGUAGAAAGGCAGGAGUUAAGCAAAUAUGUUAACUAAUGACAAAGGAAAAGCAUAUGGGUGGUAGCAAUUUGGGUGAAGGUUUUACUUCUGAUGAAAAAUGCCCUAAAGUUAAUUGGUCUCAACAUGCCAAUGCACAUGAUAAUUUCUUAAGCCCAAAUAAGUUCUUGGGUUCAAAUUUUCUUUUCUCCUUAUCGACACAGAGACCUUGUACCAUCAAAGAAAUGGGUGUGAGGCCGAUGAUAUGUCAAAUUCAGCAUAUUCAAAGAUUGCAGAGUCUGCAAGUUGAAAAGGCAUGGGGUGCCCUUUCCAGUCUUAAGCUGUCCUCCAGGAAUUAUUCAAAACCUGGAAAAAUGGCACUAUUACUUAAGGAUGCUAGUGUUGAAUUUCCCCGGGAUGUUAGAAAAUGUAAUUUACAGAGCUCACACAACACGAAUAAUCAAUGUUUGGAACAUAAUCUACCACAUCAAAAUUUGGGUGAAACCAAUUCCAGCUAUAGUGAGACUGCAAGUUGCAGGGGCAACUCUUUUCGGUCAGGUAGUGCUUGUGCUGCAAAUGCUGGACGGGGAGGUGGGCAAAAUGAGACCAAACCAUCAAUGCUUUAUAAUUCUCAUACACAAGUUGUGGGCCAAUCAUCUGGAACACGUAAUGUGCAUACUGGCCAAGUGAAAGAGUUGGUGGGUGCUUUUCCUAAUGGCACAGAUGACGAUGACAUACUUGAGGAUAUUGAUGUGGACCAAAUAGUUAUGGAGCACUACCAAUCAACUUGCACACCUCAACCAUCAAUUUCUAAGCUUCCACCUGUUACUCCAACUUUAAGCACAGUUAAUAUCGCAAAGCAUGAGGAAACAUUUCUCCCUUUGGAAUUAUGCUCAAACUGCAGUCAUGGCUUUAAGCUAGGGCUUUGCCCAGAAGCUGCAAAUCAUUUACAGGAAUUGAAGGACAUGCUAAUUGUCAUAUCAAAUGAACUUCUUGACAAUGUUGACCUUACAUCAGUGCAGGUAGAGAAGCUUCGCCAAGAUAGAUUGCACCUGAAUAAGCAAAUUCAGCAGCUUGAGAUACAUCUACAUUUGGUUUCUGUUGAUGAAGAAAGGAAAAAUUCAAAUUUUUCUGCAUCCACCGCCACUCCUUGGGCUCAAUUUCAAACCCCUCCAGCAACUGCAGUUGGGAUUGAUCCCAUGAGAUUUGAUGCCCAGGUGCAUUUACAUAAUGAGUCAGGCAACUAUGAGAAGUGGAAUACAUCAUCAGUUUCAUUCUCUUCUAUAGAUAGGUUUGGUGUUACGCCAUAUCCUCUAGAGAGGGAACCAUAUAUCCCAAAGUUAAUCGAAGUGAACUAUAUUGAAGGCUCAAGUGACAAGAAGUGGAGUAGUGGGAACUUCCCAUGGACAAAGAAGCUGGAGGCCAACAACAAGAAAGUUUUUGGAAACCACUCAUUCCGCCCCAAUCAAAGAGAGGUCAUCAAUGCUACAAUGAGUGGAUAUGAUGUUUUUGUUCUAAUGCCCACUGGAGGAGGAAAGAGUCUGACAUAUCAGCUGCCUGCUCUUAUUUCUCCAGGGAUUACCCUGGUAAUUUCUCCUCUUGUCUCACUAAUUCAAGAUCAAAUAAUGCAUCUAUUGCAGGCCAACAUACCUGCUGCUUACUUAAGUGCCAGCAUGGAGUGGAAUGAACAACAGGAGAUCCUUAGAGAACUCAGCUCUUGCAAAUACAAGCUAUUGUAUGCAACUCCAGAGAAAGUUGCUAAAAGUGAUGUCCUAAUGCGAAACUUGGACAAUUUGCAUGCUCGUGAAUUGCUUUCUAGGAUUGUUAUUGAUGAAGCCCAUUGUGUAAGUCAGUGGGGGCAUGACUUCCGACCAGAUUAUCAGGGUCUUGGUAUCUUGAAACAAAAAUUCCCAAAUACUCCAGUUUUAGCUUUAACUGCUACUGCAACAGCCAGUGUAAAAGAAGAUGUAGUGCAAGCCCUUGGUCUUGUUAAUUGCAUUAUUUUUCGGCAAAGUUUCAACCGCCCAAAUUUAUGGUAUUCUGUUCUCCCCAAGACAAGAAAGUGUCUGGAUGACAUUGACAAGUUCAUUAGAGAAAAUCAUUUUGAUGAAUGUGGAAUUAUUUAUUGUCUUUCAAGACUGGACUGUGAAAAAGUUGCUGAAAGGUUACAGGAAUGUGGACACAAAGCAGCAUUUUAUCACGGUUCCAUGGAUCCAGCUCGACGUGCCUUCAUUCAGAAGCAAUGGAGUAAAGAUGAGAUUAAUAUAAUUUGCGCAACUGUGGCUUUUGGAAUGGGUAUCAACAAACCAGAUGUCCGCUUUGUCAUUCAUCAUUCUCUUCCAAAAUCAAUUGAAGGGUAUCAUCAGGAGUGUGGCCGUGCUGGUAGAGAUGGUCAGCGUUCAUCUUGUGUGCUGUAUUAUAGUUACAGUGAUUAUAUCCGAGUGAAGCAUAUGAUCACUCAAGGAGUAGUAGAGCAAAGUCCAUUGGCAUCUGGACAAAAUCGUUCAAAUAUGGCGAGUUCAGGAAGGAUAUUGGAAACCAAUACUGAAAAUCUUCUGCGCAUGGUAAGUUAUUGUGAAAAUGAUGUUGAUUGCCGGCGUCUCCUACAACUCGUACAUUUUGGAGAAAAAUUUGAUUCGGCCCACUGCAAAAAGACUUGUGACAAUUGUUUGAAGAUUAAAAGUUUUGUUGAGAAGGAUGUUACCGAGAUUGCAAAACAGCUGGUCGAGUUGGUGAAGUUAACACGAGAGCAGUUCUCAUCAUCUCAUAUCUUGGAAGUGUAUAGGGGUUCCUUAAGCCAAUAUGUUAAGAAACACAGACAUGAAACUUUGGGCCUGCAUGCAGCUGGGAAACAUCUAGCCAAGGGUGAAGCAUCUCGAAUUUUGCGCCAUCUUGUUACUGAGGAUUUCCUUAUGGAGGAUGUUAAGAAAAGCGAUAUCUAUGGGUCUGUGUCAUCAGUAUUGAAGGUGAACGAAUCCAAGGUUUACAAGCUCUUCUCUGGUGGGCAGAAAAUUAUAUUAAGGUUCCCUUCCUCGGCAAAAUCAUCUAAACUGAGCAAUUUUGAAGCAACUCCAGCGAAAGGCUCUCUUACAUCAGGAAAGCUAAGUCCUCCACGAAUAGAAACCCCUGCUCAUCUCCCAGAGGUGGACUUGAAUCUGUCAGCAAAACUUUAUUCUGCUCUUCGGAUACUUCGAACUGUACUUGUUAAAGAAGCUGGGGAGGGGGUCAUGGCAUACCACAUAUUUGGAAAUGCCACAUUACAGCAAAUAAGCAAGAGAAUACCCAGAACCAAGGAAGAACUCCUUGAAGUCAAUGGCAUUGGCAAGGCAAAGAUAAGCAAGUACGGAGAUAGAGUGCUGGAAACCAUUGAGUCAACCAUCAAGGAAUACUACAAGACGGACAAAAAUAGCAGCAGUAGCAAUGACAGUACUGAUACCAUCAAGAGGAGAAGAGAGUCUGCUAAGGUUUUAGAUGCAAAUCCGGAGGAUGAUGACUUCACGAAAAGCACUGAUCGAUCCAGGGGAAGGGCUAUGAAAAGGCACAACAAAGGCGGUGAGGCUAACAAUACCAGAGAGACAGACUAUUACAACCAGUGCAUAGAUGAUGACUUAGACUUUGAUGACUCCAAUUGUGAUGUUGCCAUUAAUGGGUCAGCUCCAAAGGUUGAUGGGGAUGGUGCAAGAAGAACACUGCCUUCAUGGUCAACACCGAGCAAUAAGGGUCACGGCCAAGAUCUCAAUAUGUUCCAAGAAUAUUCCUUCAAGGGGUAGCUGACAUAUUAUUUCCAUAAUUUAAAGUUUUGCAUUCCUAUUUUAGAAAGAGAAAGCCAUGCAUUUCAGGCUCAUAGAAUCAGAUUGUGUUGCUUUGCUUGAAUAUAACUGAAGAUGAAUAUGUAAUCUUGUAUAGUGUUGUAUUUGAAAUGCUUGUUCCUGGCAAGUUUUUUGAAGUUUUUUAUUAUUAUUUUUUGGUUUUGUA